AUGCCAAGAAAACAGAUUUUCCAGCAUGACAAGUCAAGUCUAAACUCUGUGCUCGCUGAUGUUCAUACACUUUCUACAGCUCGUGACCUUUGGCUCACUCUUCACACAAGAUUUCGUGAUGUUUCUAUGGCUAGACAGCUGGAACUCCGGCAGAAAUUUCACUCUUUUCGCAAAACAUCCCAAUCUGCCCCUGCUUAUUGCAGUGAAAUCAAAGCACUUGCUGAACAACUCAGGGAUCUUGACAUCACUAUUACCGACACUGAUCUCAUUGCUCAGGCUUUGGCUGGUCUUGAUUUAGACUACAAGGAUUUUGUCACCAUGAUAGCUAAUCUGGAGGGUACCAUUACCUUUGAAAAUUUUCGGCAAAGAUUGGUCGCUUAUGAGGAUCGCAGACUUCGUAUGGAAGCUAUUUCUCCUUCAUCAACUGAGCAAAAGGCUUUGGUUGCUACUGGCACUGUCUCGUCCUCUGAGUCUUUUUCUUCGCCUCGCGGGCGUGGACAUGGACGCCGUGGCCGAGGGCGUCGUGGUCGUGGUCCUGGACACUCCUUUUCUUCUGGUUAUGGUGGUCGCAAUUAUGGCUAUCAAUUUUCACGUGGUUCUGGUCGUUACCAACCUCACUCGUUUCGCCCCACGGGUGCCCCCCAAGCAUAUACUGGUAUUCUGGGUCCUUCUCCGUCUCCUGAUGUUUGUCAAAUUUGUGACAUUCCAGGCCACCGUGCAGACCAAUGCUAUCACCGCUAUAACACUGCUUGCACUCCUAAUGAUCUUCCUAGGUCCUUUGCUGCCAUGUCUGUUGGUGAAACCAAUGACUCCUCUUGGUAUCCCGACUCUGGAGCCUCAACUCAUAUGACUCCCCAUGAAGGACAAGCUCCAGGGGACAACUCUUCUCAAAGUCACCGGUAGCGGCGAUCUUUAUCAAAUUCCUUCCACUUUUGUCAACAAUUCAGCUUCAGCCCUGCUCACUACCAAAUUCUCUGCUCCUAUUUGGCAUCGACGUCUUGGUCAUGCUAGUCACAAUGUUUUGCAAUCAAUUCAGCGCAUCUGUCCAACAUUAGGCAUCUCCCCAUCGGCUACUAAAUGUCUCCCUUGUAAUUUGGGCAAAUCUUGUAGAUUACCUUUUCAUGCUGUUGAUCAUUGUACUUCUGAACCGUUACAACUUAUUCACUCUGAUGUAUGGCAGUCUCCUAUAAUAUCCAAUUCUGG